AUGAGCGAAAAAGCGAAGGAAGAUACAGACAGGAAGCAGGGAAGUAGAAAAGGAGUCAAUUCGUUCGAAAUAACCUCUAAAGCAAAGCUGGCGAGAAAGAACGCAAACAAGGCUGAUGAUCAAGCUCAUGGGAAGAAAAUGGAAGAAAAGAAAGAAGCAAGCCAGAGGGAGACAAAAAAGAAUCCCAAUAAAACAGACGAAAAGCGGGGUCAAGAGUCGCCGUUUGGAAAAGCAGGCCAGAAACACAGUCGCGGCAAAGACGAGGAGAAUGUGGAUUCGAGCAAGAAAACAAAAGGACAACUCGGGAUCACCCAAAGAUCAGAACAUCACAAAGCAGACGCGCUGGCCCAACGGACGUCGAAUGGCCGCCUGCCGAAGAAAGGACAAACUGCGCAUGGGAAGGCGAUGCCAUGUUGGGUGGAUGGAAAGGUUGUCGAAGUCCUCAAUUCAAACAACAAUAGCCAGCAGGCCAAGGCUAGUCAAAGGGAUUCUCAGAUCGGGCUCAAGAGUAACAGUAGUGGAAAGAUCUGCGUGCACAAGGCGGACAACAUGUAUCGGGACUGA